AUGGAGAGGAACCAAGUUGCAGCAGUCAAUAUUCAACCACCAGCUCAAGAAGGGGUGGAUGCAGAGGAAGGAGGUGAAUGUGAGCAAGCCAAUUAUGUUGGAAACUCAUCAAGACAAUCCUAUGAUCCACAUUCCAAAACCUACAAUCCUGUGAGGGAGAACACAAGCAUUGACACCUCUUACAAAAGUUAUGUAAGAGAUGUAGAGGUUGACUUCAGUCCAAAGGCCAUCAUGAAGGUUCUUGGCCUAAGAACAGCACAUUUUGAUGAAGCUAGUUACCAUGAGAGAGUGGGUGGUAACCCUGAUUGUGAGGAGAUUGCUAGUGACAUUUGCGUAGUUAGGGCUGACUGGGUGAGGGAGUCCAAUGGAAUGCCAAUAUUUCUAAAAAGAGGAGAUCUUACCCAGAAGCCAAGGGGUGGUGAAGAGAAGCAGAGGAAUGGUGAGAAAGAAGCAGAGAAGGCAACGUUGGUGGCCAAAGUUGGCUCACCAAUGUUGCCACCAAUGUUCCAAGGGCUUGAAGAGCAAUGUUGGUGGCCAAAGAUGGCUCGCAAAGGAAAGGAAAAAUCCAAUCCUUUGGCUCGUCCUCCUCCUGUGCCUCCGAAAUUCGAUCCGGUGGAAGUCAAUGAACACCAGGUCAGGGAAUUCUACAAAAAUCUUCAAAAGAAGGACGCCCCAAUUAUUUUUCUGAGAGGUGUCACACUGGACACCUCUGAUGCUGCUUUAGAGGCCCUCUUAGAUAUUCCGCAUAUUCCUCCGUAUGGUCGCCCCCUAUUGGGAUGUACUAUUAAACCAAAAUUGGGGUUAUCCGCGAAGAAUUACGGUAGAGCAGUUUAUGAAUGUCUUCGCGGUGGACUUGAUUUUACCAAAGAUGAUGAAAAUGUGAAUUCUCAACCAUUUAUGCGUUGGAGAGACCGUUUCUUAUUUUUUGCCGAAGCAAUUUUUAAAUCCCAGGCCGAAACUGGUGAAAUCAAAGGGCAUUACUUGAACGCUACUGCAGGUACAUGCGAAGAAAUGAUAAAAAGAGCUGUAUUUGCUAGAGAAUUGGGCGCUCCUAUCGUAAUGCACGAUUACUUAACAGGGGGAUUCACUGCAAAUACUAGUUUGGCUCAUUAUUGCCGGGAUAAUGGACUACUUCUUCAUAUCCAUCGUGCAAUGCACGCAGUUAUCGAUAGACAGAAGAAUCAUGGUAUGCACUUUCGUGUACUAGCUAAAGCGUUACGUUUGUCUGGUGGAGAUCAUAUUCACGCCGGUACCGUAGUAGGUAAACUUGAAGGGGAAAGAGAUAUUACUUUAGGUUUUGUUGAUUUAUUACGUGAUGAUUUUAUUGAAAAAGAUCGAAGCCGUGGGAUUUAUUUCACUCAGGAUUGGGUUUCUCUACCAGGUGUUCUUCCCGUUGCUUCGGGGGGUAUUCACGUUUGGCAUAUGCCUGCUCUGACCGAGAUCUUUGGAGAUGAUUCCGUACUCCAAUUCGGUGGUGGAACCUUAGGGCAUCCUUGGGGAAAUGCACCAGGUGCCGUAGCUAAUCGAGUAGCUCUCGAAGCAUGUGUACAGGCUCGGAAUGAGGGUCGUGAUCUUGCUCGUGAGGGUAAUGAAAUCAUCCGUGAGGCGAGCAAAUGGAGUCCUGAAUUAGCUGCUGCUUGUGAAGUAUGGAAGGCGAUCAAAUUUGAAUUCCCAGCAAUGGAUACUUUGUAAUCCGGUGGUUACCGUUCGUUCUAGAUAAUUGCAAUUAAACUCGGCUCAAUCUUCAAAAAAGGAUUGAGCCGAAGACAAAGAUACUUAAUUUAUUGCAUAAACAUAAUAUAUCUUUUUUUUCUUUUUUAUUAUAUCCAUAAAGUUCUAUAUUCUAAUCGAUUAGAUAUAUCUUAUCUAUUAGAUAUAUAUUAGAGUCUAGAAAUGUAGAGUAUAUAAAUAAAUGGAUAUGGAAUAGUUAAAUUGGAGUAUU